AUGUCCCCCAAAAACCGCGCAUCCUGGCUCCCAGCCCCAAAAUCCGCUACCAACGUCGUCGAAUCCGCCCCUUACACCUCCCCAACUACCAAUGAACUCGUUAUCAAAACUAAAGCAAUCGCACUGAACCCAGCCGACGUAGUCAUCCAGCAACUCGGAGUCCUCAUACAGCACUAUCCCGCGAUUCUCGGCUGCGAUGUUGCCGGCGAGGUAGUCGAAGUUGACCCCUCUCUGGCAGAUAGGUACGAGCUCGGCAAUCGCGUUAUCGGCACUGCUAGCUGUCUGGAUACCCGCGAUGGCAAGUAUUGCUACGCGGGAUUUCAGGAAUAUGUGGUUCUGAAGGCUCCCCAGAUAGCGAAGAUCCCCGUUGAUGUGUCCUAUCAGGACGCCGUGGUGUUGCCAUUGGGGAUACUUGCCUCUGCGAGUUCCUUGUUUGCAGUCGGCACGCUUGCAUUGAGUAUCCCAGAUGCUGCGAAGCCACCGCAUGGUGGUGGUGGUCUGGGUAAGACGGUGGUUGUGUGGGGGGCUAGUAGUAGCGUGGGCUCUUGUGGUGUGCAGUUGGCUGCUCAAGCAGGAUAUGAGGUUAUUGGGGUUGCAAGUGGGAAGAAUCACCAGAUGGUUAAGAGUCUGGGGGCUGCGGCAUGCUUCGAUCAGAAUGAUCCUAGUAUCGUGGAUAGUAUGUUGAGUUACUUGCAAGGGAAACAGGUGGAGGGUGCGUUUUGUUCUAUUGCUAGUGAUUCGGCGUUAGAUACCUUGAGUGAGAUUCUCGAUAGAAGCGAGGGGAGGAAAUUGGUCGCGUCUGUGAUUCCAGGCGCAGAGACGAAGGGAUCGAAGGGGGUGACGAUUGUGACGAAUUUGAAGCUGGAUGUUCACGAUACCCAGUAUAUGGAGCCGGUUUGGAAAUGGCUCAAUCAGGCCAUGGUGGAGAAGAAAGUCAAGUAUGCUCCUCCGCCUGAGGUAGUUGGAAAUGGACUGGAAGCAGUGCAGGAGGGGGUUGAUCUGUUGGCGAAAGGAGUCAGUGCGAAGAAGCUGGUUGUGUUGGUGUGA